AGGCCUCGGCACUCGUGGUCAAGGACCGCGUCUCCCCGGACGCCGUGGUGCUGAAUCUGCAGGCGGCCGAGCCGAAGUACUCCCGGCUGGGCGCGGCGCCGGAGGGCCCAGCGGCGCUCAGCUCCGGGCGGCCCGGCGCGUCAGCGCCCAGCCCCAGGUCCGACGGAGGCCGAAGAGGCAGCGUGCAGUCCGGACCUGCGAUCUGGGAGUCUCUGCUGGAGGCCAAGCUGGUCGGGAAGACCACGCGGAGGUUCUACCAGAGCUUCUCGUUCUCCUGGCCUGGCGCCAUUUGGGGCAUUGCGACCUCAGCGGUCUACGCCUACAUGGUCUACGCCCCUGACCCAGCGAUGUCGGGCGUCUUUGGCAAGACGGCCGUCGCAUUUUUCGCCAACGUGCUCCUGUUUGUCACGCUGUGCGGGAAUUUCGCAGUCUAUGGCUCCAAGUGGUUCCUGGAGGCCCCCAGGAGAGCAGCGGCGAAGCCUUCAGGGGGCGAAGGGCAUGCAGGGAGCCAAGAAGCACUCCCCGAAGACGUACUCCAACACCGACAAGCGUCUCUAUUGUUGCGAGGGACCAAUUGUGUGGAGGUUGAUCGAGUAUAUCAAUAAGCCGUUUACGUAUGUCAAACAUGUCUGGCCUGUGUGC